AUGAUGGUGUCGGCAAGUGCCGUCGCCGCCAUCGCCUCGUUCCUGGGCACAUACUCGUGGACCGCAGACGGAUGUAGUCUCCCCAAGAGCGUGCUAACUGUCAAAUGUGGCCACGUUGUCGCCGUCGACAACAAGACCAAGAUCUGCCCCUACGACCCAGCUUCCUGCUCUGUGUUUGUUCGAGGCGACUGCUUUGAUAGCACCGGCACAAACCAACUGGCGGGCUACGCACUCAAAUGCUCAUACGGAAGUUCGAAGUGCAAAGACGCCUCCGACGCUACAUACCUCGAAGUGUUUGACGCCGUUGACGCAGCAAAUCCAAACCCAUUUGAUGUUGCGAAGAACGCCAAGAGCUUGAACGAGCUCGGUGCGGUGUGCUAUGAUAGCCGUGGUAGAGACACGGGUAGUGUCGUGCUCUCACGAUCCGAACGCUUCUGCAUUGUCGAUACCACGUGCCAGCCCCAACCAUUCACAAUGGACACGAGGGGCACUGCUCAAGUGCUUCUCGACCUGAAGCGGUCAGGUGAACACAGCGUGGAUCCUGCUAUCAAUCUAAACCUGGAGGCUUUGGGGCCUGACCUGAGCGUCGAUGCCUUUAACCAAACCUUGCCAAACGUGUUGGCCUUGGACUUGCGGUACAACCAACUCCGCAGCAUCAGCGACACGCUGUUUCCAGCCGAAAUGACCUUUCUAGAUGUCUCGUACAAUAGCAUCACGUCGAUCGGGAACCUCGAGCGAAAUGCCCCAAGCCUUGAAAUGAUCCUCGUGGCCAACAACAACGUCGCGACGUUGGACGGCAUCGCGUUUCCGCCCAAAACUGUGUCCAUGUACGAGCUCAGUCAAAGGUCGUAUGGCUGGCUUGAAGCGGACCUCUAG